UUAAAAAUAUUUCCAGCUUUUUUCUCUCUUCCUUCUACUUCUUCUUCUUUCUCGCUAUCCAAAGAAGUCCAGACAAAUCUUUUUGUUACUUAGGCUUCACUCAAAGAAAGAAAAAGAGUUUAUCUUUUGGGUUUAUCCUCUGUUACUACUCGAAGAAAACCCAUUUUUCUCAGCUGUUUCUUGAAUACAAACCUGCUCUGCACUACCAAACACCGAGAAAAAGGAAAGAAACUUCUUUCGAAAGAAAACAGAAACGUACUCAAAUAUUUUUUUCGCUUACCUCAUGGGCUUCUCAUAAAAACCGUUUUCUCUUCACUCAUAUCAAACCGCCAUGGAAGAUUUUGUAGGGAAAGAGCGUGACAAAAGAAGAAGAAGACGAGCAGCCACCUCCACCAUGUUCUUGUGGGGAAUCUUGUUCUUUGCUCAGUUUUGUUUGUCUUCUUCAUUAGCUCUUUCUCCUGAUCAGUAUCAUCACCAAUCCAUCCCUUCACCAAGGAAGGCUGGUCGUUUCCACAAUACAGCCUCGUUUCAGUCCCCUAGAGCCUCAGUGUCGUUCAUAGGUCCACGUCGAAGAGAAGAAAACAUAGAUGAUGUUUUUAAUGACGACAAGAGAUUAGUUCACACAGGUCCAAAUCCUCUCCACAACUAAAAACUAGUUAGCAUCACGUGUCUGGUUUCUCUUUUGAGCAAUCGCCUGCAAUAUCUGCUUUGAAAUGUCUCGUUACUUCGGUAGAGUUUUUAUAAUGUAAACUUUUGUUGUCGCUAUUGAGAUAUAUAGAUCAUUAUUGUUAGUCUUCUUGUCCCUGAUGCUAAGAAAUGAUCUUGUGUUCUCUUUGUUGUAACUCUUUUGCUUCAAUGGUAACCAUCGACCUUCAAGGUCCAAGAAUUACUGAAAAUAGGUUUUAAUUUAUUUA